UCCGCGACGAGUCAUCAACCAUAAAAGGAAUCUCCAUUAAGCGUUUCACAUCUGAGAGAGAGAGAGAGAGGCUCCAAAACAUAAACCCUAGAAUUUCAAAUUUUGCAUGUUCCUCUUCUCUCGAUCCCAAAUCGCAAUCAUUGAAGCUUCCACAUGGGUCGACCCGAGCCAUUCGUCCUCUUCGCACAGACCUUCGUUCACCCUCAUCUCGAUGAGUACGUCGACGAGGUGAUUUUUUCUGAACCCAUUGUUAUCACCGCGUGUGAGUUCCUGGAGCAGAGUGCAUCAUCGGUUGCCCAAGCAGUAACACUUGUUGGGGCAACUUCACCUCCGUCAUUUGCCAUAGAGGUAUUUGUUCAUUGUGAGGGAGAGACGAGGUUUAGAAGACUCUGUCAGCCUUUUCUCUAUUCACACUCUUCAUCAAAUGUACUGGAAGUAGAGGCUAUUGUUACUAAUCAUCUGGUUGUAAGGGGAAGCUAUCGCAGUCUGAGCUUGGUUAUAUAUGGCAACACAGCUGAGGAUCUUGGUCAGUUUAACAUCGAAUUUGAUGAUAAUGCGUUGACUGAUCUUGUUGAUUCUACUGAGGGGAAGCUUGAAGACCUGCCACAUGCAUUACGUUCUACUAAUUUUACUAUUGAAGAUUCUCUUUCUUCUCUGAGUGUCUUGUCUAUUCCAGUUCCUGCAACAGAUAUUUCUGCUGAAGUCAAACUGUUUCUGCAGUUAAUGUUAAAGAUUUUGGAGUUUUCAGAGCUUGGGGAUGCUGGACAUAAAGUUGUAAGCACUGUGGUGUCAGCAAUCUCUUCUUACAUUUCCAGUGACAUAUGUGAAUCAAUAAGUGGGGGAUAUCAGACACGAAAGAGAUCUGAGAAUUUUAAAGAGUUGCACAGUGUUGUUAAUGAGGCAAGAAAAGAGCUUCUUGAGGUUUAUAAGGUUCUUCGACAAAAAUCCGGGAGUGAAUCUUCUGAAUAUUCAUUAGAGGACAAUUAUCUUGAAUUGGAGGCUGAAAUGUUGGAUUCCAAAACGUUGGUGGAUAUAUUUAACCAGUACUUUCAUUUUGGAAGGCACUCUUCUAAUAUAGGAGAUCACUGUCUUUCUCGGAGUGAGCAUGCUCUAUUAGGAUUAAGCAUGGCUCAUUUACUAUGUUCCGGGAGAGAGAGCUGCUUUCAGUUUGUUAAUAGUGGGGGACUGGAGCAGCUUGCAAUGUUUUUUUCCAAGGACGGGCAGAAUUCCACCACUAUUAUGCUCCUGCUUCUUGGUGUUGUAGAGCGGGCUACUAGGUAUUCAGUUGGAUGUGAAGGCUUUUUAGGUUGGUGGCCUCGGGAAGAUGAAAGUAUUCCCUCUGGUGUCAGUGAAGGUUAUAGCCAUUUGUUGAAGUUGAUAUUGUCAAAACCUCGUCAUGAUGUUGCUUCUCUUGCAACCUAUUUGCUUCAUCGCUUACGAUUUUAUGAAGUUGCUUCAAGAUAUGAGUCUGCAGUUUUGUCUGUGCUGGGAAACAUCAGUACCCUUGGCAGGAUUACAGAUGUUACCUUGAACAUGCUUAGGUCUGCUGAAAUUCUGCUCAGAAAACUCGUGAAAUUGAUAAAUUCACGUGGUCCAAUUGAAGACCCUUCUCCCAUGGCUUGUGCAAGCAGAUCACUGAUUACUGGCCAAACUGAUGGAUUGUUGUCAUAUAAAACAACUUCCUGCAUGAUCAGCUCUUCAAGUUGCUGCUUUUCAGAUUGGGAUAUCGAUUCACAUUUAUUGGGGCUUUUAAAGGAACGGGGAUUUCUUUCAUUAUCAACUGCACUACUAUCAUCGUCUAUACUGCGUGUGGAAGGGGGACAUAUCAUGGAAAUAUUCAUGGAUGUCACGUCAUCCAUUGAGGCUAUUAUUCUUUCAUUUCUUUUUUGUCGUUCAGGCUUAAUAUUCCUAUUACAGGAUCCCGAAAUUUCUAGUACUUUAAUCCAUGCCCUUAGGGGUGGUCAUCGUGGCAACAAGGAAGAUUGUAUUCCUCUCCGAUAUGCUUCCGUUUUGAUUUCAAAGGGUUUCUUUUGUAGUCCCCUGGAGAUAGGAAUGAUAAUUGGGAUUCAUUUAAAAAUGGUUAAUGCCAUCGAUUGUUUGCUUUCAUCAAAUCCGCAUUCGGAAGAGUUCUUAUGGGUUGUGUGGGAACUCUCGGCUCUCUCAAGGUCUGAUUGUGGGCGCCAGGCAUUGUUGGCUUUGGGAAAUUUUCCUGAGGCUGUUUCCAUCUUGAUUGAAGCAUUAAGUUCUGUCAAGGAAUCUGAAUCUGUUGGGAAAAACAGCGGAUCUUCACCAGUAAAUCUUACAAUAUUUCACUCAGCUGCUGAGAUUAUUGAAGCCAUUGUUACAGAUUCCACAGCAACAUCAUUGGGUUCCUGGAUUGGACAUGCUAUGGAACUUCAUAGGGCUUUGCAUUUCUCCUCUCCAGGGUCCAACAGAAAAGAUGCUCCCUCACGGCUGUUGGAAUGGAUAGAUGCUGGUGUAGUAUAUCACAAGCAUGGGGGUAUUGGUCUCUUACGCUAUGCUGCUGUAUUGGCUUCUGGAGGAGAUGCCCAGUUAACUUCGACUAGCAUCCUAGUUUCAGAUCUGACUGAUGUUGAAAAUGUUGUCGGAGAGUCUUCCAGUGGCUCUGAUAUUAAUGUUAUGGAGAAUCUUGCAAAGUUUAUAUCUGAAAAGUCUUUUGAUGGUGUUACUCUCCGUGAUUCUUCUCUGGCACAGUUGACAACAGCAUUAAGGAUUUUGUCUUUUAUUUCUGAGAACCCAACUAUUGCUGCUAUUCUAUAUGACGAAGGUGCUGUAGUUGUUAUUUAUGCCAUUUUAGUCAACUGCAGAUUCAUGCUUGAGAGGUCCUCAAACAAUUAUGAUUACCUUGUCGAUGAGGGUACAGAAUGCAAUACUACAUCAGAUUUACUAUUGGAACGUACUCGCGAGCUGAGCAUCGUUGAUCUUUUGGUUCCCUCUCUUGCACUUCUGAUUACACUUCUGCAGAAAUUACAGGAAUCAAAGGAGCAGCAUCGAAAUACAAAAUUAAUGAAUGCUCUUUUACGAUUACAUGGGGAAAUAAGCCCUAAGCUAGCUGCAUGUGCAGCAGACUUAUCAUCUCCAUAUCCUGAUUAUGCUAUUGGUUUUGGAGCUGUCUGUCAUCUUAUUGCAUCAUCCCUUGCUUUUUGGCCAGUACAUGGCUGGAGUCCGGGUCUUUUUCACACCCUUCUUGCCAGUGUUCAGGGUAUUUCGUUGUUGACCCUAGGUCCAAAAGAAACAUGCAGUUUGCUCUAUCUUUUGAGUGAUUUAUUUCCUGAGGAAGAUAUAUGGCUUUGGAUUAGUGGAAGGCCUUUGUUAAGUACACGAAGAAUGUUGGCAAUUAGAACCCUACUAGGGCCACAGAAGGAGAGACACGUCAACUGGUAUUUGGAAUCUGGACACCAUGAGAAGCUGGUUGGCCAGUUGACACCACACCUUGACAAAAUUGCUGAGAUUAUACAGCAUUAUGCCAUUUCUGCAUUAGUAGUCAUUCAAGAUCUGCUACGUGUUUUUGUAAUUCGCAUUGCUUGUCAAAAUACUAAUUAUGCAUCUAUGCUUAUACGACCGGCAUUGUCAUCAAUUAUUCAUCAUGUUUCUGAACCAUCUUCUCCGUCAGACCCAGAUGCAUACAAGGUUUUGAGGCUUCUUGAUUUUAUUGUCAGCCUAUUGGAGCAUCCAGUUGGCGAGGGCCUAUUGUUGAGGGAGGGUUCUCUUCAGAUGCUGACAAAAGUACUGGAUAGAUGUUUUUUUGUUGUUGAUGUUGAUGGAAAGCAAUCUCAUGAUUGUAGAGGUUCUGCAAAGGGCAGCUUUAAUUUUUUUAGUUGGUGUCUCCCAGUAUUCAAGUUUAUCAUGCUUCUUUUUAAUUCUGAAACUUCUCGACACUACCCCCGAAGACAUGACAUUAAAUUUUUUGAAAAAUUGAGUGAUGAAGAUUGUGCCCUGAUUUUACAUUAUCUUUUGAAGAGUUGUCAGGUCUUGCCUGUUGGAAAAGAGUUACUGGCUUGUCUUACAGCUUUCCAAGAAUUAGCUUUGUGUAGUGAGGGUCAAAAGGCAUUUGGAGCUACACUUUUUGAUAUCCACUCUAAUGCUCGAGAGCUUGAGCCUCAGAAAGAUGAUAGGAUUGUGAAUUAUAAUGUUCCUAGCAUAGAAGAAUGGAGAAAAUGCCCUCCUUUACUUAGCUGUUGGAUGAAGUUGUUGAGAUCAAUUGAUACAAAGGAAGGUUUGUCAACUUAUGCGUUUGAAGCUGUCUAUGCAUUAUCUGUGGGGUCUCUGCUGUUUUGCAUGAAUAAGGACGGUUUGAAUUCUGACAGAGUAGUCGUAUUGAAGUUCCUCUUUGGGCUGUCUGAUGAUAUGACAAGAUUAGCUGGCUUUCCUGAAGAAAAUAUAAAUUACAUACUAGAAUUUAGUACUCUGUUAAGUUCAAAGACUACUAUGGAUGGCUGUUUGGUUACCUCUCACUUGGAAAUUCCAUUGUAUCAGGUUUCUGAGUCAGUCAGUUCAUUGUCCUUGAUAUUGCAAAGGCCUGUUGGUUCCGUGAAGGUGGAUGAUGUUGUUUUACCUCAAAAUGAUGUAUUAGUUUUUUCGAAGACACAUCAGUUGUUUGAAAACAGUGUUGAAAAGAUCGACGAUCAUCUUUAUGUUGGAGGACUUGCGGAGAAAUUUCUUUGGCAAUGUCCAGAAACAUUACCUGAUAGAUUGACGCAGACAAAUCUUGCUGCCAAAAGGAAACUGCCAUCAAUGGAUGGACCUGUAAAGCGAGCUAGAGGAGAAAGUUUUCAGGCUGAGAUCUCUUCUCAAAAUGCUUUUUCAAGGGGUUUAGCACAGUCUACUGUUCCUUCUGGUCCUACACGUAGGGAUGCCUUCCGACAGCGCAAGCCAAAUACCAGCAGACCGCCAUCUAUGCAUGUGGAUGACUAUGUUGCAAGAGAGAGAAAUGUUGAAGGGGCUACUAAUGUAAUAACAGUGUCACGAGCAGGAUCUGGUGGUGGUAGACCUCCAUCAAUUCAUGUAGAUGAAUUUAUGGCAAGACAAAGGGAACGUCAGAACCCUUCAGCUACAGUAGUGGGAGAGGCUGUGGGACAUCUCAAAAAUACUUCUCCUGUGAAACCUACAGAUGCGGAGAAUUUAAACAAACCAAAGCAAUUAAAAACAGAUCUUGAUGAUGAUCUUCAAGGAAUUGAUAUUGUUUUUGAUGGAGAGGAGUCCGAUUCUGAUGAAAAGUUACCAUUCCCUCAGCCAGAUGAUAACUUACAGCAGCCUGGCCCAGUAAUUGUUGAGCAAAGUUCUCCUCACUCAAUUGUUGAAGAGACAGAAAGUGAUGUUGUUGAUAGUAGUCAAUUUUCUCAUAUGGGUACUCCAUUAGGAUCUAACAUUGAUGAAAAUGCCCAAAGUGAAUUUUCUUCAAAGAUGUCCGGUUCACGUCCGGAUAUGUCAUUAACUCGUGAAUCAAGUGUUUCUUCUGACAGGAAGUAUGCUGAUCAGGCUGAUGACUCUAAGAAUGUUGUUCACUCUGGCGGAUAUGAUUCUGCAGCAGCAAAUAGUUCAGGAUUUCCAGGGUACAAUAAUCCAUCCACAACAUCUAUGCAAUUGCCAGUUGAUUCAAGGAUGGCUUCUCAGAAUUUCUUUCUAAAGAACAGCCCGCAACAUGGUGGUAAUGCUACAGGAUCUCAAGUACUGUAUGAUCAGAGGUUUUUGCAUAACCAACCUCCUUUACCACCCAUGCCCCCUCCACCAAAUGUCUCGCCUGUAAUAUCGCAUGCUACAGAUUCAGUUCCUAGUCAGUCAUCCCCAUUUGUUAAUACUCCAGCAGGUGCACAGCGUCCAGUGGCAUUCCAUGUUCAGUCGGACUAUUCAACUCCAUUCAACAAUGGUUCAACCCCAUCAUCAUUAGCAUCUUCUGUUCCCAUGCCAGAUUCAAAGUAUUCCAGGACUUCUGCAUCUUCUCCUGGUGGACCUAAUAGACUCGCUCCUCCCCUUCCGCCUACACCACCUCCUUUUGCAUCAAGUUCAUAUAAUUUAUCAUCUGUUAAAACUUCUGCCUCUUCACCUUCUCUAUAUAAUCAGACAAGUGUUGGGACAGCUGAACUUUCCCAGGCCUCCGUUGCGCCUUCAGGAUCCAGAAUGUCAUCAUACCCACUAAACCCCUCGAUGCUGUCCUUGGGUUUUAGUAGGCCAGCUUCCAUGCCAUUAACUCUCUUUGGUAACCCCACAAAUCAGCAACAGAAUGAGAACCAGCCAAGCAUCUUGCAAAGUGUCUCCAUUCCUCCAGCUUCCUUUCAGUCAAUGCAUUCAAUUACUCAAUUGCAGCCACUGCAGCCCCCCCAGAUUCCACGACCUCCACAACCACCUCAGCUCCUUAGGCCACCUGUUCAAGCUUUACAGCAGUUAGAGCAAGGCAUGGCUGUGCAAAGUAAUGCUCAAGUGCAUCAGUUACAGAUGCUGCAGCAUUCUCAGGUUUCUUCAAUGCAGGCAUAUUAUCAAACCCAGCAGCAACAGAUUUCACACGAGCAGCAGCAGCAGCCUCAACAGUCUGGUGAUUCUCAAUCGCAGCAGCAACUCGAUGCAGGAAUGUCAUUACAUGAGUAUUUCAAAUCUCCAGAGGCAAUUCAGUCUUUAUUGAGAGACCGUGACAAACUUUGCCAGCUUUUGGAGCAGCAUCCAAAAUUAAUGCAGAUGCUUCAGGAAAGGUUGGGCCAGCUGUAGGAGCAUGGUGACGAAGUAGAACUGUAGAAGCAUGACUUGUUGCACAAUUUAUACCUGUAAAUGUCCUUCAUUCAUUAUCCACUUGAUGAAUUGCGCUGAUGUUUGUACCUCAGCCACUGAAAUUUUGUGUUAAUAUGUACUUUUAUGACUUGUUUUUAAUUUGUUUAAACGCGCACAAUAUUAAUGCCCCUUGAUGAGAUAAGGGGUUUUGUUUAAAUUGGAAGUCACUGGUUCAAUAACUGGUGCUAUCA